ACUCCGGUGUUAAGAGAAGAACUUGAGUUUCAAGAUUUUUCUUCUGGUUCAGGUGUUGGUGGAAAAAUAGCACAAGAUAAACAGCAAACAUCUAAUAAUAAUUCGGGAUUCAGUGAUGCCACAUUUUUUGACCAAAAUCGAAACACACGAAGUGAACAAAAUGUACAACAUCCAAUUUGGUCGAUUGAAUAUUAUUCUCAAUACUUUGAUGUAGAUACAGAUCAG